GUCCAGAGGGAACACGCGGCCGACCAGACUUCAGCCUCGACGCGAUUCGUACAACGCUGCAACCCGACAAAGAAAAGGGUUGUCCACCAGCAACGAUCCCGCUGAUUUUGACUCGAACAUUGACAAGGCACGCCAUCUCCAUCCUCUUCCCUGUUCUUUUUCGGUUUGGACAUGGGGGAUGGGUAUGUUUUUGAAUUUUUUGCACUCCAAGAAUCUAAAAAAAAAUCUCAUCGGUUUACCUUAUUUCAUCAUUAACCAUUAUUACUGUAACCAAUCGUUAUCCCAUCAUUAUCUCAUCAUUAACAAUUAUAUCCCAUUGUCAUCCAUUGUUCAGGGGACAUUUAGUUCGCAAACUCCGAGCUACGGACGAAUGUCCAUGGCUAGUUUUGUUAUCAGGUCAACCACAAAGGUCGCAACAGCAUUUCGCAGGUGGGAACACUAG